GGUGGGGUGCCCGGGGCUGUGAGUGCCGAUCCCGUCCCCUUCCCCAGCAGCCAUGGCCGGGGUGGUGCGGACCCUGAGCCGCUGCCUGCUGCCGGCCGAAGCCACCAGCCGCGGGGAGCCGCGGCGGGAGGGCAAGGAGCGGAGCCGGGACUCGGAGCGGGAGGCGCGGCGGCGGAGCCGGGAGAUCGACGCGAUGCUGGCCCGGGAGCGGCGGGCCGUGCGCCGCCUGGUCAAGAUCCUUCUGCUGGGCGCCGGCGAGAGCGGCAAGUCCACCUUCCUCAAGCAGAUGCGGAUCAUCCACGGCCGCGAGUUCGACCAGAAGGCGCUGCUGGAGUUCCGGGCCAUCAUCUACGAGAACGUGGUCAAGGGCUGCAAGGUUCUCGUUGAUGCACGGGACAAACUAGGGAUUCCUUGGCAGUACACGGAGAACGAGAAGCAUGGAAUGUUUUUGAUGGCUUUUGAAAACAAAUCUGGAAUGUCUAUAGAGCCUGCUACAUUCCAGUUGUAUGUACCUGCACUGAGCGCACUCUGGAGGGAUUCUGGGAUCAAGGAAGCUUUUAGCCGUCGGAGUGAGUAUCAGCUGGGUGAAUCGGUGAAAUACUUCCUGGAUAACCUGGAUCGGAUUGGCCAGCUGAAUUAUUUCCCCAGCAAACAAGAUAUUUUGUUGGCCAGAAAAGCCACCAAGGGAAUCGUCGAGCAUGACUUCAUCAUUAAAAAAAUCCCUUUCAAGAUGGUGGAUGUGGGUGGACAGAGGUCUCAGCGUCAGAAGUGGUUCCAGUGCUUUGAUGGGAUAACUUCUAUUUUGUUCAUGGUUUCCUCCAGUGAAUAUGACCAGGUUCUCAUGGAAGACAGACGCACAAACAGACUGGUGGAGUCCAUGAACAUCUUUGAGACAAUAGUCAAUAACAAGCUCUUCUUUAAUGUUUCUAUCAUCCUUUUCCUGAACAAAAUGGAUCUCCUUGUAGAGAAGGUAAAGACAGUCAGCAUUAAGAAGUAUUUCUCAGACUUCAAGGGUGAUCCUCACAGGCUAGAUGAUGUUCAGCGUUACUUGGUGCAGUGUUUUGACAGAAAGCGGCGGAACCGCAGUAAGCCACUCUUCCAUCAUUUCACAACUGCCAUAGACACUGAAAAUAUCCGCUUUGUGUUUCAUGCAGUGAAGGACACAAUCCUUCAAGAGAAUCUGAAGGAUAUUAUGUUGCAGUGAAGAAGAGCACCCCUUGUCGUGUUGAAAUCUACCCAAGGUUAUAAGUCAAAGCUUUGAUUUUAUCGUUUUGGCUCUUGCAUGUGGUUUUAGGACCCAUGCUAUUCACUUGGCUCAGGAAUGCUGAAACUAGCCAGUCAUGGAGGCAGGAGGAGUCAAACAUUGAUGUUAGCUACUGAAUCAUUUGGACGAGUAACACUACUGAAAAAAGUGGCCGUUGUAGGGUUUGACACCUAGUUUGGAAUGUUGAAUAACACAAUCACCUUCCUAUCUUAGAAAAAUCUAAAUGACAAACUAUGUAAGGAAGACUUUUAAUGAAAACUGUUUUGCAAGGACAGUAACUGUACAGAUUGCCUUUCUUUUGUAGUUUGGAGGUGCUGAGUUAACCAGUCAAACUAAUGUAAAUUAUAAUGAGGUUGGUAGUUGUACUAGAGAAUAAAUGGCAAUAUAUUAACCACAAUUCCACAUGUAAUCUUUAAAUAUGUAACCAGAUCUUGCUUGCAUGUGCAGUGUUUGCCAAGGAUCUGGAGUCCACUUAUCAGUGUGGAUGCACAACUCUUGUCUGAAGGUCUUGCAUCAGUCUCUUGAGACACGCAAGUCUAGGACUAUAAAUGAAAUGCAGUGGAACUAUAAGUGAAACCCACCAGGCUAUAUGUCAUCUGUCCUGCCAUUCCUAAGUCAAAUGGAGGAGAAAAUUAAGGCCUGGCUGAUGUGGACAAGAUUUUGUUUUGCACUACAUAUACAUAUACAGUGUCUUACAUCAUGGGAAACUGACUUCCACAGUAAUACAGCUUGAGGCACGUACUAGAACAUCUGACCACAUAUCUGCACAUAGUGGGUGCUCUAGUGAGGUGUCAUUUACGGAAAUUCAUCACUGUUUUCAUACCUGCAGUUGGCAGUAUUUGUGAAGCUCCAGUCUCUCAAAUAACAGGGCUUUAUCUGUCUCCAAAUGUGUGGAAGCUGAUUAAAGUUUUUAGCAAAAUUUUUGGUGAUAGAGCAGCUGCUUGAUUAGUUCCUAACAGCUGACCUUACACAAGAAGAGCCAGCACUCUUGAGAUCCCAAUUUUACAGCUGCACUGAUAGGUUCGAACAGCAGGACUCUGCUGUAAACUAGCCCAUUUUUAAUGUUUCUUAAUGGGAUCUUUAGCUUAUAUUAAUUUAUAUAUAGUAUGAGUAAACUGUCAAAAUUAGUUGCCUAUUUCAGGCAAUGGUGUACACGUGUGAAAUUGCAAGAGGCUGUGAAUAAUAUUGAUGUGAACUGUUGGCUUUCUAGCUCUCUAAACUUACGUAGUUAACUAUCAGGUGCCUUUCUUUGUGUUCAGAUAAUUCCAAUCAUGUCUACUACAAUGAGGUACAUAAACAAAAUUUAAGAUCUGCCUUUUAUUUCAGUGCUGUAGUGUCUUUUUUUUCUUCUUCCCAGGGAACUUUCAAACACAGAUGGUUACUGUGCAAUUGGUACUAUAGUUUGAUUUUUAUUUUAAAAAAAAAAAAAUCAGAAGGGCUUUCUCUAGCUAGACCAAGUCAUUAGAAGCUCUGUAUUUCUUGUCCCCUUUAAAACUAUGACAUGUCGAAAAAGGAACACUUGAGCAUUUAAUCCCAUGAGAAAUGCUGAUCUAAAAAGAACCCUGCCUUGGAGUUUUCACGUGUUUAACUUGGAUAAAAUCUAGAAUCCUUCCUUUUGUGCCUUGCAGAAGUUUAUUUCUCUGUGUGUGGUAUGCGCAGCUUCCUAAUGCAGAAAUCUUGUAGCUUUCUUUGUGCUGGCUUCAGGAGUGAAAAGGAUGUGGUUGUGUUCUAGUUUUAUAUAAUGCAUAUAAAAUGUUUGGUGAAGUAAACCAGUAAGGAGCUGCAGACAGAAAAUCUAUUUAUUUUAAAAUUACACUUCCACUACUUCUCAGAUGUAAACAGUAGUUAAUUGCCUAGUUAGAAAAGUCUUACUCACCAGGGACCAAUUUUACUUUUAGUGAUUUUUUUUAAUAGAAAAAGGGAAAUAUCAAGUCACCCCAUCUUGACUGUUCUGCAUUGUUACAGAUGAGGAUUCUGUUAUGGUAAUUGCAUUUGGAAAGGUAAAUGCCUCAACAUGAGGUGAUACAAAUAGUAGCUUACGGGUCUAAUGGAAUAUGUUCCUUCUCAGCAUGCCUCUUUAUUUGGUUAAAUGAGAUCUAAAGUGUUAAUUCUUCAUUACUUAAGCAUUCAAAUACUGUAUUUAGACUUUGCAGUAGUUUCUACUCAACAGAAGGCUUUAGAGCUAUAGCAGGGCAACUCAGACUGCCUCACUUCCCAGUCGAUUCUUUGUGCACUUUGUUGUUUUACCGAGUGUUCUGUUUGGAAUAAUGUUCUGCCCAUUUAACUCUUCAGAAAACAUUCCCUUUUUAGAACCAGAUAUUAUUGAAAAGCUGCCUCAGUUUUACAUAUGAAGUCUGCUGUAGCUUUAACUGCAAUACUGGAGCAUGAAACUACUCUUCUUUUUAAUGCAAAUGUAAGGUCUUGUAUUCCUGGUCAUCUUAUUGAUUUUUAGAAGAACUCAGCUAAUAAAUGUGGGGUGUUCUCAAAGCAACUCUCACUGUUAUAGUUGCACUCUGAAAAGUAGCAUCAUGCAUUUCCAUGUUUAAUGUCAACAACUCUUACCAAAAAAAAUGAAACUUGUUAAUAGUAGUAAAACAACCAGUUCUUCUGGGAUGCUGGGGUUGCUUUGUACCAUAAAGUUGGCCUGUUAGGGCCCCAGGAGGAAAGUGGGGACACAGGGCUGCAUGACCGUGAUGCCCCAGACUGCAUCAAUCCUCAGGUGCUAUCUUGUCUCCUCUGGGCCGUUAGGUAUAAGAGCAGCCUAGCUUUGGUCUGGGAUCAUCCUUUCACACCGUAGCCCUGUGAUUGAGGAAAUGCAGAGGAGAAUUUUUUUGUGCACAAGUCAGAAUAGGGCUUUGCACCUCUCAGCCAUAGCUAAGGAUCUAGCUCAUGUUUUACUCACUGCAAGCCCUGUAAAUUCUACAAAGACUGUCACUUAAGCAACUUUCUUGAUCAAGUAUUAUCAUCCAACCAUCAAGACUUCACAGUUGGUUAACAGUUGGAUGGGGGAUCUAGAGAACGAUCAGGUCAGUAUUCCAUAGCUCUAUUAAUUCUGCAAUGCAAAGAGCGGUUAACAAAUAGCAAACUUGUCAUUGUCAAAAGUAAUCAAUAUGGCUCUGAAUUUGUUAAUGGAAAAUGUGAGUUAGUCACUCUUCUGACCAUGACAAACAAAAAUUAGACUGGAAUACGAUGUGCUUCACUACUUUAAUGCAAAAUGACACCUUGAUGUAAGUUGACACUAUGCCAUGUUACUGACCGCUUCAAGGAUUCAAGUCCACCACUGUUUUUAGUGCAGUUCUUAAAUUAGUUUGAAACAGGUUUGAGUGGACCUGUGUCUUCACAUUUGGUGCAUGAUGAAACCAUCUUAAGCGGAGUAGUUUGGAGACACGAGCUAUCUACCGUGUUAGGUGAAUAUACAUCUUUCAGGUGUAGUUAGGACGUGCAUUGUCCAGUCAUAGUAUGAAACUUCAUUGAAAGUUUCCACUAGAAAAUCAAAAUACCCUUAGUCCAGCAGGAUUUCCUCUUGCAAAGAGACACGCAUUCUAAAGUGGUAAAUACAUUUACCUGGCUGGGACAUACUUUUAAAUACAUGCCCUAUUGGAUUUCUCUAAGUAAAAAUAGUACAAUAAAGCUACUCGUCUGUGGUACUAGUAAUCACUAAUACAGAAUUCAAAAGGUACUACCCAGUAUUGUGCAACGAUCUUUAGCCAGACUUGGUGGUCUACUAAAUUCUUUUGCAAGAAACAACUGAUUGUAUUUUUCAGGGACAUCCUGUAGACUAUUUGCUGGUAAACACAGCUGGGAGGGACAGCUCUCUUUUUUAUAAACUUCAUAAGUUAUUGUUCAACUGACUAGUCAGGAAAUGGGUCAUGGGCAGGACUACAAUCAGGUGGAGGCCUUGAACAUAUGCUUUCUUUA